AUGGGAGAGGGGAAUACAUCAUGGACUGUGUUCCUUCUUGUUGGACUUCAACAUCAAAGGUCACCUAUGGUUUUCCUUGGUGUGAUCCUCUUCAUGUUCAUAGUAGCUCUGGUGGGGAACAGCCUCCUUCUUUUUCUGAUCAAGACAGACUCUGGUCUGCAGACCCCAAUGUAUUUUUUCCUCAGCCAACUAGCCUUCAUGGACCUCUGCCAAGUUCUCUCCAUUGUUCCCAAAAUGACGGUGGAUUUUGUAACCCAGAGCUACAGCAUUUCACUCUAUGGUUGUUUCGUGCAGAUUUCUGUCACAAUGCUCUCGGGAGGGGCAGAGUGCUUCAUCCUGGCAACCAUGUCAUAUGACAGGUACGUGGCUAUCUGCAGGCCCCUGCAAUAUCCAGUCCUUAUGAGGAGCAAAAUCUGCAACAUCAUGUCAGUAGCUGCCUGGUUUGGCUCUUCUGUGCAGGCCUUGACCUGUUCCCUUUAUGUACUGCCACUUCCCUACUGCAAGUCCAAUGUGAUCAGGCACUACAUGUGUGAUUACCCAGCCCUUGUCCAGUUGUCCUGCUCAGACAAUUUUGCAUUUGAUACAGCAACAUACUUUGGUAUUUUUUUUAUCUUUUCCAUCCCUAUCUCAGUCAUCCUGGCUUCCUACAUAGCCAUCCUACUUCAAGUUCUCAGAGCACAUUCCUCUGGAAGUAGCCACAAAGCCUUGGGGACCUGCUUGUCGCAUCUGUGUGUGGUGGGGAUCUUCUACAUUACGGCCAUUUUGACUUACAUGGCACCUGCUGCUUCCUAUUCAGCACAAAGGGCCAUGAUAAACACUGUGUUUUUUACCAUUGUGCCUGCCAUGAUGAACCCUUUCAUAUACAGCCUGAGGAACCGGGAUGUCAUAGCAGCACUGAGAAAGCUAUUUGCAAGAUGCACACUGUGUCAAUGA